AUGAGACCCCAAGAGCUGAAAGUUUUGCCUGAUGCAUUACAAACUUAUGAUAACACAUUGGACUUAUGCCACAAGCAAUCGGAUGGCGCGACACCACUGACCAUACACUCACAACAGGAACAGGACUUCCUGUCAGACCUAUUAUUCACGAAAUAUAAAAUCCUUGACAAUGUAUGGAUUGGAGCUAAGGUAAAUAACAAGAAAGUGACGUGGGUAGAUGGGUCCAAGGAUGACUACACUAAUUGGGAAUCGGGUGAACCUUCAAAUGUAACCAAUGAUUGUGUGGAAAUGGAGUCUGCAAUUCCAAAUACUGGAAAAUGGGUAGAUGUACCAUGCCUUAAAAGGAACAUAGUUGUCUGUCAAACAACUCAAUGGUCCCUGGACCAAAUUAAGCAUAUGAUCGAUGACUUGCGGGCAACCGUACUUGAUUUGAGCCAAAACACUGUCCCUAUUGGUUACAUACACAUCCAAUUACCGAACCAACCUGAACCUAAAACUCUAUGGCCUAAAAUGGACUGGGACAAUAUUACACCCUCGUAUGCCGGACUAUUUUUUAGGGCUGAGGGUGGAAAUAGUACGAAGUUUAAUGAAGCUAUUCAGGAACAAGAUUCACCAAGAUUAGUUAUGGUCGAUAAUUUGGGCAAUAAGAAAAAUUACACGUCAGAUUGGCCGGCUAUUUUGUUAACCAUGCUCAUAUUUGGUGAGGGGCCGGACAGGAUGAUGCAUGUGCCCUCAUAUACUAAAAACCAAAUACAAAUAUCACAUUAUGAUAAUGCCCUGGACCUAUGCCACAAACAAUCCAUUGACGCGACACCACUGACCAUACAUUCACAACAGGAACAGGACUUCUUUUCAGACCUAUUGUUCACGAAACAUAAAAUCGCUGACAAUGUGUGGAUUGGGGCUAAAGUGAGUAAUAAGAAAGUGACCUGGGUAGAUGGGUCCAGGGAUGAAUACACUAAUUGGGAAACUGGGGAACCUACCAAUGCAACCAUUGACUGUGUGGAAAUGGAGUCUGCAAUUCCUAAUACGGGUAAAUGGGUAGAUGUACCUUGCGUCAAAAAGAACCAGGUUGUUUGUCAAACUAUCCAAUGGUCCCUGGAUCAAAUUAAGCAUAUGAUCGAUGAAUUAAAGGCAAACCAGACAAAUUAA